GAAAAAGAAGAAGAAAAAAAAACCACAUGUUUUUUUUUGGGGGUAAAACUUCAAACUCUGAACGAUAAAAUAAAGCAUUGUAAAACAUCAUUUUUUGUUUUGCGCUUUCAGUAAGCCUUAAACAUUGGACAAUAUCCUGAUGACCACAUGUGUCAUUUUGCACAAUAACAGCUUGAAUCGAUUGUCCUAUUGCUGGUAUUCAAAUAUACGUUCUCCAAAUGCCCGUGUCACACAGGUCCCACCAAUUUCCAAUGUUCAUAUGAUGGCGACAACACAGACAUGACCAAUUUGCCAUUACCGUUAUGAAUUCUGCAAAAAAAAUCCCCACUACUGCCCAAUUUCCUUGUCAAUAACACGUGGGCAGGCACCACAACCAAAGCAAACGUGACUUUGCGCAUAAAUUGAUAACGCGCUAUUCUUAUCACCCACCGUGAUAGCUAGAUGACACCGCCGCACAUAUAUUAGCAACAUCCAUCCAUCAUCUCUUUAACACAAGCAAUGUGGCGGUUACCAAUGACCAACGGCCUGCGGCCACCCGUCGUCUUCGCACUGGCACUCUGGAUGAUUCUAUUGGCUAUUCUAGGAUUCACUCGUCUAAUCGAGCUACCAGUAUCAGACAAGGCACUGCACUUUGUAGGCUUUGGCACAAUGUCCGUACUCCUGUUCUUUGCAUUCCAAGCAACCAUCCCUCGACGCAAGGUAUGGGCGCUGACAGUAGGCACCAUGCUCUUAGUAAGCUUUUUCAGCGAGGUAUUGCAGCGUCUGUUUACCGGCCGGCAGUUUGAUUGGGCCGAUAUUGUGGCCAAUUUGAUGGGUGCGUUGACGUUUUUGUUUGCUGCGUGGAUGGUGGACAGGUGGAUUGUGCAGCCCAGGGCGAGGAACCAGGGGUAUCGGGAUAGCUCGAGGUAUUGGGUUAUGGAGUCUGGAGCUAGGGCGUCUGCGGGCUCGGCGGAUUACGAGAUUGAGGAUGAGAUGGAUGUCGAGCUGGAUGAGAUCUUUGUCGAUACGCCGCCGCAACAACAGCCACAACAGCCUACCCGCAGCCCUCGGCAACAACACAUCAGCCAGAAUUAGCUGUGGUUUAUCAUUAGCAUUGCAUAUUUUUUUUGGAAUUAUCUAAAAAAAGAAAACAAAACAAAAAAAGCG